GACUACCUAGAUAGCAUUUUUGGACGACAUACACGUGUGCAACUGCUACUGAUGCCUCGAAAGUUGUCUAGGAAGGUAGACGAGUUCGUAUAAGAUAGAGCCAGGUCCGUUCACAAAAUAGAGUUGGCGUUUGCACACGAGUAAGCAGUAUCUCGUGCGCAUCUUUAUAAACUGUUACCGAACUGAACCGCGUACUUCUAGUUUGUCGCCAUGGCUAAAAAAAGUAUUUCUGCCAAAAAGUCUUUCAAGAGCUUGUUUUCUAAAAGUGAAGCUAAUCUGAAAGAUUGUGUGGAAGAUGACAGUAGUAGGAGUUCAACGCUUAAACUAUUCAAAUGGAAGAAAAAGAAGAAAAACUCAACAGACAUACCAGAAGACAACCUGACGCUUGCCAGAACCGAGCCUGCAACAUUGGGUGGCAGUGAUAGUCAGGAUGGCGAGGAGUUUUCUGGACACAAGCCAUCUGUGUUUGGCACUGGCCCAAGGAAAAAGAAAGCAUUGCUCAGUUAUUCAGAAACAGACCUUCGUAAACCCAGGAGCUUCAGCACAUUCACCUUUAGGUGGAAAAAGAAAAAGAGAGAUUCGACCACAAGUCUUUCCGACAUAAUUGAAAGCCCAUUAUUCAAAGGUCCCAACAGUGAGCAAGGUGAAUUUGAAGAUCAAGUGGAAAAAGAACAAACCUCACCACAACAGGUUGCCGUUGAGACAACACCUGCCUAUACUAUCCCUGAACAGUCCCAGACACAGGAUGUUUGGAAUGAUGUGUCUUGGCCAAGUAAGGAGGACAGACCAAAGGAUGCUGUUCUUGUCACGGAGGCCUAUAUGCCAACCAAUCAGGAUGGUGAAUUAAUACCAUACAUUGACUCUUCAUUCUCUGAUAGUGAUAGUUACCAGACACCCCCACAAAGCCCAACCACACAUUCACGGUCAGAUUCACCUACCCAGGCUGUGACUACAGAAUACCAAAUCCCUCGUAAAACCUAUAUACCUAAUAUACCAGACAGAUUCUCACAGAUGAAUGCUCCUGAUCCUGUAAAUGUUACGAGCACUUUGAAUACAGCAGAUGUUUUGUCCAGUUAUUAUGAUGCAGUUGAAGAACGUCCAGGAACUAAAGAUGCAAGCCUGACUGCUACUGCUGUACAUAGAUCUUCUCAAUUCUCAAAUACUUGGUCUAGCAUUCCAGAAGAAGACUUUAUAGACUCGAUCAGUCUUGAUCCUUAUGUGAACACUGCUGCAAGAUAUGAUACAUACUCUGUUGAUAAUUCAAGGCCUGAGGAACAUCCGAAACCGAGUCAUUCACUCCCAAACUCUGAUUUUGAGACACCUGAAUCAGAGACUUUAACAAACAUUGAGAAUCAAACAAAACAAGACAUUGCUCCUGAAGAAGACAAAGAUUUAACCUUUACACUUCCUGCUGUACAUAGAUCUUCUCAAUACUCAAAUACUUGGUCUAGCAUUCCAGAAGAAGACUUUAUUGACUCGAUCAGUCUUGUUCCUUAUGUGAACACUGCUGCAAGAUAUGAUACCUACUCUGUUGAUAAUUCAAGGCCUGAGGAACAUCCGAAGCUGAGUCAUUCACUCCCAAACUCUGAUUUUGAGACACCUGAAUCAGAGACUUUAACAAACAUUGAGAACAAAACAAAACAAGACAUUGCUCCUGAAGAAGACAAAGAUUUAACCUUUACACUUCCUUCCGUAAAUAGAUCUUCUCAAUACUCAAAUACUUGGUCUAGCACUCCAGAGGAUGACUUUAUAGACUCGAUCAGUCUUGUUCCUAAUAUGAACACUUUUGCAAGAUACAAUACAUACUCUGUUGAUAAUGCAUGGCCUGAGGAACAUCUGAACCAGAACAGUACUUCUGAUAGGGAUGAUCAUUCACUCCACAAUUCAGAUUUUGAGACAUUAACAAACAUCGAGAACCAAACAAAACAAGAAAUGCUUGCUCCAAAUGCAGACACAAUGAUUUCUCAAGAAUCAAAAGAUUCAACCUUUGCAGUUUCUGAGAAUUUCACAUCUUUCAUCCAUCUGAGCUCCAGCUUAAACUCCAACAAUACCACAUACCAGAGCUCAACCCCAAAACCAUAUUCUGAUUUUAUUCAUCCUGAACAAUCCCCCAGUAAUCCAACUUGGAUUAUUACUACUGAGGCAGAAGACCCCCAGACCAGCACAUAUGUGUCUGACACUUGCCUUUAUAAGGUGGACAGCAACACUGACCCAUGCAAUGUAACUACUGACACCAUCAUACCCAAUUCACUGAUGCCCGAUGUGGAUGCAGACAUUGACAUAAAGCCAAUUUCAUCCUUCUUCAGUUCUGAUGUGUCAUUAGCUGAAGCUAAUCUGAGACCAGUCCAUGAAGAUCUCUUUGAAAAGAGUUUUCCCACAACCACAAAUUUUCUUCACCAUGUGACCAUCUCAGUGGAAUCUCCCCAAACUGACUCAGAGGAACCUUGCCCUGCUGUUGUAGGACCUGUUCACCUUAAUGCUGAACCUGUACUGCUUGAGAAUGAGUCAAAGAUCUCUUUGGCUCAGUCAGUUAUAUCAGGCAUACACACCCCCGAUUUUACUAAAACUGACACCUUUGAUCUCUCAGACUCCAUCACCUUUGACCCUGAGCCUUCCUUGGGAGUUCUGCAUGACAGUGUGUCUUAUUCAUGUGCUGUAAACCGAAGUGAAAAACAAGACCUCAUAAGUAAGGAAAUAGAUCAGGCAUACUCGGCCAGCUAUGAAAAUUACUCAAUCACUACUUCUUCAGAUUUGACAGACCAUGAUAUCUCCAGGACUUUGAUCUCUGAAACCGAGCCUACCGUCUCAAUUCACCCACCUUCUCAUUCGCAGCUCUUGAGCUCUCUGGCACGAAAAGAAGAGAUCUUUCAACGAACAAUCAAACCCUAUGGAGGUUUAAAUGCAGGAGAGGGACUUUAUAAAGAUAGUUUUGAGACCAUUGGCCAGGAUGAGACAUCAGAAAAGUGUAUGACCACAGUAGACGACCUGCAGAUGUUUGUGAAGGAGGAAGAACACAUACCAGACAUCUAUAAUGAGAGCCAUAAAGUUACACCAAUUGAAGUAAAGGAAAAUAAUACAGAGCAGAUCCAAAGUGAUUUACCAAAAUAUCAAAUGAUCCUUCCUAACAUUGUGAAAGUUGAGGAGAUGCCACAGAGUUUAUUAAAUACCACAGAAACCUCCAUAACGCAAGGUGUGAUAGCACUAGAACCAGAGGUAUGCGCGGACACUAACGUGUUGACAGGUCAAGCAGAGAGGCAGAUUCACUGUUUCGCUCUGCUGAAACCAGUCCUACCAGUCAAUCAAGAUUACAUCCCCAAAGAAUGCGUUCCCGCCCCUCCCUCCUCUGAGUCGGUAAAGGUAUCACUCGCAGAAUCGAGCAUGGCAACACACAGUCACCUGGAGACUUGGCUCCGCCCCCUGUCCCAAUACUAUUCCGGAGGAGUGAAAACAAUACCAGAGGACACCGCAAGGAUCAAAUACCAAACAAGCGCUGACAUCCAGCACGCUGAGAGGCAGGAACACACGAACAAUGAAGAUAUAGGCACAUCGCUCACAAGUACUCAAGUAGGUCAAGAACCAAACAGUGAGGAGGAGACAGACUGGCCAGACAAAUACAACACAGAAGAGACCUUCAUACACACCAGAAGCGCGAGUUUUAAUCAGGGAGAGGUUCGCCUAACAGAGGUAAACACAGAUAACAUCACAACCUUCACUCAGAGGAACGUGGUAGAUAGCAGUAAAACCACACCUGAGGGCUGGAGAGAAGUUGAAGAUCUCCACCGAGCAGAAGUUAACGCUGUACAGGAGCACCUGCUUCCAACGCGGUUGAUACCGGGUGACAGAUUCUUUCAUGCAUCCACUGAUCUCAGUACAGUGAUCGAGGAGCCGGAUAUAGAGAGCGAAGAAGAAACUGAGCCUGUAUCAGACACAAACAUGAGCACUGGCAUUGCCGUCCUAAAUACGAAGCUCAGCCGCCGCUCAUCAUCCACCCAAGAGGGCAGAGAAGAUGUCAAGGUGGCCCGUAAAGUUUCCCUUGUUAGCACCGACAGUAAGAGCAGCUAUGAAAGUUCAUUUGACAACAACGGGUUAAGAGAUUGGUCGGAACCGAGCACAGCCAGCCCUGAAUUUCACAGAAGAUGGCAGGGCAUUCAUUCUGACUCUGAAGUAAAGCACUUCAAAAGCUUUAUGGAGAAUUCAGACUAUAACCUUACACAUGGCUCGUCCCCCAGCUAUGAAAAAGUACUCUACACUUCUCAUUUCGGCUCCCCUGGGACACAAAAAACCCAGCCCACUUAUUUCUCCUCUGAGAGCACCGGUAGCCUUGGAAACAGUAGCUGGAAAGUCACCGAGAGCGAAGUUCAACAGGGCAGUGAGAGUUACCUUAGUGGGAGGAGUGGGGUGGAGCUUAAUACACCUGUUGGAGGGAGAGAGGCGGAUAUACAAAAAACAGGCUUUGACUCACAGGCACGUUUAGAGAACAGCUUGAGGAUCACAGAGGAGGAAGAGGAUUCUUUCUCUGGCGUGUUCCACGCGACACGCGUAGAACUGGUUCCCUCGCCCACUUCUCUUGAACCCGAACCUCUCAUUUACUCCUCCAGUUCAGAGAUGGACAGCCUGGUGGACACGCUGAAGAGCAUGGACCGACCGGUCCGACAAAGGUUGCAACGCACAUCAUCCAACACACCCUUUUCCUCGUUGCCGCCAAUCGAAGAGGAUGCGCCGAUCUUGUCUCCACCUGAAGUCGUACCCGUUACAGAGCCAAAAAAGGUUAUGAAUGGAGUUUCCAGUUUACCUCCAGAUUUUGGAAUGAGCUGGUCUUCCAACAAGGACAUGCGAUCUCCUCUGACCCUGCUGAAAGAACAGCAGUUUGGAGAGAACCGCGGGCCUGCCCUGCCCAUGCGAGCUUCAGCCCUAAACAGCAUCGUUAUGCGCAGGGGGUCUCUCAAUGACCUGAGCACCGAAGAGACCCCGUCGACUGGGCUUACGAACGGAAGCAGUAUGCUCAACACAUCCCGUCUGGAAAACAGCCUGUUCUUUCAGCCAACCGAAAACGGAAAGGGAUCACAUCGCUCCAUCUUCCGAGCAGCAUCUCUCCCAGACAUAGGCAGCAGCCACGAACGCAUCAGCUCAGCCCCUAAGAGUACAGACACUCCACCUGCAAGCCGCUACGAGCGCUUCUCGUACCUCAGGUCUUCGUCGAGUUCCCUCAGUGGGAUUUCUGAAACACCUCGGAUAAGCAUGCCUCCCUCCAUCCAACAAAAUUCCCCCACAGAGGCGACAAGCUUCAACCACAAGAACUCUCUGGAGCUUUAUCGCUCGUUGCCAUCUGAAACUCUUUUCAAAAACUCGCCAUCUUUGGGUCUUCAGCGUAGCGUUAGUGUCGAUGGAGGUCUUCAUCUAAACAAUCAUUUUAACAAUAAUCUAAACAAUGACAACAAAGGCUUUCAAAUGAAUCAUAAGCCAAAACCGGAGCCAGAACGUAACUUAGCACCCAAAUACAGAGCCUUUCCUGAUUCAUACCUCACAAAACAAAAGGAACAUGGGAAACUAAAUCCUCGACCUGGAAAGAUGUUAAUAUUUGACCAGCCAGAAUUGACCGGCCAAAGAAUUGAAGUCCGAGGUGAUGUUGUAGAUGCCACACCAUGGGAGUUUACAGGGACCAUUUCAAUAAGAGUGGUCAGAGGAGGUUGGGUGUUGUAUGAGCAGCCAAACUUCAAAGGAGAAAGAAUAGCACUAGAUGAGGGGGACACAGAGCUGACAAAUCCUUUUGGACCUCUGGAUGAAGAAGAGGAUCAUCGGCCGAACGGAAUAGUACAAAAUCAAGGCGAUGAAGAAAAUGAGUCCAAACCACGGCUGAAGAAAAAGUUUGUCAUUGGAUCCAUACGACGAGCAGUGCGGGAUUACAGUGUUCCUGAAAUUUGUCUUUUCCCUGAGGAAAAUGCUGAGGGCAAGAAAGUCACGUUCAGAGACACGUCAGAUGACGCCAGAAUUUACGGCUAUCCGGUCAAAGCGAACUCCGUGAUUGUCAAUGCUGGGCUAUGGCUGGUAUUCGCUGAACCCUUCUUUCAGGGCAACCCACGGGUGCUUGAAGUUGGGGGUUUCCCCACACCUGCUGCCUGGGGUGUCACACAACCGUAUGUGAGCUCCCUGCACCCCCUUAAAAUAGGGGAACCGAGAGUGGAGAACCUUUUUGAACCAAAAAUCGUGCUUUAUGAAAAACCAUAUUUCACUGGGAAGAGCAGAGAGGUCUACAGCAGCAUGAGAGAUUUCAUGACAAGAACAGAGAAUAGACAAUCAUUGUUUAUGUACAGUCCAGGAUCCAUCAAAGUUGUCGGAGGAUGCUGGGUGGGCUAUGAGAAAGAGGGUUUCCGUGGUCAUCAGUAUCUUCUGGAGGAGGGAGAGUAUCAUGACUGGAGGGUGUGGGGAGGAGUUAACUCUGAGCUGCGCUCGCUUCGAGUCAUCCAAGCUGACCUGUCUGAGCCCAUGCUGGUGUUAUAUGGGGAACCUGAAGGGGAGAAGGUGACUGAAGAAGAGCCCACGUUUGAGGUGACGGAAGCCGUCCCAGAUGUGGAGCUGUUCGGGUUCGGCAUCAACACUCGAUCCAUCCAUGUGCUGAAUGGAGCAUGGGUCGCCUACUCUCAUGUGGAUUUCUCCGGUAAUCAGUACGUCCUGGAGAAGGGCUUUUACCGUGGAUGUGGGGAUUGGGGCUCUGUGGACAACCACAUUUGCUCCAUACAGCCCAUUCUUCCUGCACCUAUGGAAGGGCCCAGUUUCAGAAAUGAGGUGCUGCUUUAUUCUGAACCCAGUUUCCAGGGCACGUGCAGUGUAUGUAAUCAAAACAUGGACCGCUUGCCGGAUAAACUCACAGUCAAAUCCUGCAGGGUGGUGGGAGGAAGCUGGGUGUUGUAUGAAGGAGACGGGUUCACAGGAGACAUGUUUGUUUUGUCUGAAGGGAAUUAUCCCAACCUGACCAGCAUGGGCUGCCCUCCCAGCUGCUGUAUUCGCUCUGUCAGAUCAGUUCCAGUGACCCUUUCAGUGCCUUCAGUCUCUCUCUUUGGACUGGAGUGUUUUGAAGGUCGAGAGGUAACGGUUGAGUCAGAGUUAUCCAGUCUACAGGAAGAAAGCUUCAACACGCACUUCCUCUCUGUCAGGGUCAACAGUGGUUGUUGGGUGUUAUGUGAACACAGUAACUACAGGGGGCGCCAGUUUUUACUUGAGCCCAUUGAAAUCCCAAACUGGCACAAAUUCAGCUCUCUCUCCAGUGUUGGCUCUCUUUAUCCAAUCAGACAGAAACGAACACCAUUCCGGAUAAGAAAUAAGGAGUCUGGCCAUUACAUGUCAGUGCAAGGUGGGGUUGAAGAUAUGAAAACAGGCCGUGUUGUUGUCACGGAGGAGGUGGAGGGAAUGAGUGAUGUUUGGUUCUACCAGGACGGGCUGAUCAAGAACAAGCUGGCACAGACCAUGAGUCUGCAGGUGAUGGGAAAAGCAGAGACAGGUGCUAAGGUCGUACUGUGGACUGAGACACGUGUGCCAGUUCAGUUAUGGAGCGCUCAGAUCUCCGGGACAAUCUCCAGUGUCACCUUCCCAAAAAUGUUGCUAGAUGUUAAAGGGGGUAAGACGUAUGACAGAUACCAUUUAGUGAUCCGAGAGGAGAACGAGGAACAAGCAAGCCAACAGUGGGAGCUGGAGUUCAUCUAAAUCCCAACCACCCUACCCCUCCCCUUUCUAACUGACUCACCUCUCCACCCAUUCAGACUGCCUUAACAAAUAAAAACUGUAAACUGACUUAUGGGAGCACCAGUGAGACGAUGUAGCAUGCAUCAACAACAAACCUUGGAAAGGCCAUGUAUUACACUGUGAAUAACAGUGAACGAGGCAUAUCACCUAUAAACAAGAAAGUAUUUGCUUUUCAUUGUGUAAUGUAAAGUGACAAGCUAAAAACUAUUGUUUGUGUUUUUGCACAGAAUUUGAAUAUAAAAUUGCAUUUAAAUUCAUGAAACCAUGAUUAAAAUAUAGCUUCAUGCUGAAUAAUAAUGAUACCAAUGAAUCCAAUACAUUAAUACACUGCAUUUGCAUUAGUCUCAGUUAUAUAUCUGUCCUUUAUUUUUACUUAUUUUAUAUCUGGAUAUUAUGUAAUAUUGGGUAUGUGUUAGUAUGUAUGGUAUAAUAUCAAUCUGUUCAAUUCGUUUGUAACUAUUGCUAAUGCUGUUGGUGUCCUAAAGGGGGGUUCCAUAAAGGUUUAGCCUGUUGUUUAUUAAAACCAAAAAGUAUAUUAAUGUCAGUAUCUCCAUGUUAUUUUUUGGAAUACCAAGAAACUUUAUUUUUCAAAGUUGAAUGUGAAAUAUGUAUAAGGGAGUGGCUUUAAUUUUGUAAUAAAACAGUGUGAAAA